AUGACAGGACACGUGAAGAUGGCGAUGCGACGUUUGUCUUGCUCGGUGCAACCGAUUACUUUUCGUAACGUUGUGAUUGUUGGUUUGAUUCGGUACAUCAAAUUUCGGCAGGACGUACGCAAUGUGGCUGUCAUCGCGCAUGUUGAUCAUGGUAAAACCACAUUGGUUGAUGAAAUGCUGAAGCAAUCCGGAACACUUGUGGAGGCUCGCAACCGUGUGAUGGAUAGUAAAGACCAGGAGAAGGAACGAGGAAUUACUAUUCUUGCAAAAAAUACUGCUAUAAUACUCCCAUCGAAGGGAGAUGAACCCCAGAGGCGAAUUAACAUUGUGGAUACUCCAGGUCACUUGGACUUUUCCGGGGAGGUGGAGCGGGCUCUGCAAAUGGUGGAGGGGAUUAUUCUCCUGGUUGAUGCAAAGGAAGGCGUACGACCCGGAACUCGUUAUGUUCUUCGCAAGUCGCUUGCAAUGCGACUGAAACCAAUUGUUUGUUUGAACAAAAUUGACAAGGAUGACACUAAUAUUAAGAAAACGGAGGAUGGUGUUCAGGACCUCUUCCUCGAGACGGCUGAAGAUGACUCUCAGUUGGAUAUGACAUUUCUUUAUGGUUCCGGUCGUAAUGGGUACAUGAACGACACACCAAAAAAAGAGGGAACUCUAAGCCCUCUUUUCGAGAAGAUUUUUGACGUCGUUCCCGCACCCACCGAAGACGAUGACGCGAAACUUCAACUGUUGGUGUCACAGGUUGAGGUUGACGAGUCCACAGGACACAAAACGGCUAUCGGUCGUAUAUUCAAAGGAUCCGUUUCUGUGGGAGACAUUGUUACUGUUGCACUUGAAGCGGAGCAGGUCGAUGCGCUCGUCAAAAGUAUUCAGUUAUAUGUUGGAAUGGAGAAGAUCAAUGUUCAGACGGCAGCGUUCGGUGACAUUUGUGUGUUAAACUUGCAAGAACCCAUUGGACAAAAGGUUCCUGUGAGGAUUGGCUCGACGGUUUGUUCGCAAGGCGUUGUUGACAGGUUCCCAUAUCGUAAACCCGAUGAGCCAACUUACAGCCUCGUUAUGCAGGCCAGUGAAGCAAGUUGGCGCAAGAAAGAGGCAAAUGAACAACUAGGGACUAUUGCUGUUCUGCAAAAGCGAUUGGAGCGUGAGGCGUUAGUAAAUACGGCGUUACAACUCGUAGGCCUUGGGUCACCGCACAUCAAGUUAAUGGGGCGUGGACCCCUCCAUCUUUCUGUUAUUAUCGAAGACAUGCGUCGUGAGGGUUAUGAGUUUGAGGUUCAGGCCCCACGCAUCGUAACAAAGACCAUUAACGGUGAAAUGUGUGAACCGUAUGAGCGUGUUACACUUGAGUUUCGGGAGAAUCUUGUGGGUGACAUGGUGUCGUUUUUUAGCUCAAAAAUGGCUGAGAUUGGUGAGAUUACACAGCUCUCUGACGGUCGUGUUUGCAUGGAAUGUCUCAUGCCUGUCCGACUUUUAUCACAUGUACCACUUCGCUUUCACACACUUACAGCAGGUGAUGGUGUGCUAAACCACAGUUUUGAUUCAUACAAGCCAAUGACUGCCGCUGAAACGGGUCGGGAGACGGGUGCUUUAGUCGCUACUGAGGAUGGUGAAGUAACGGAUUGGUCGUUAGCCGGGCAAGCUCAGCAGGGCCGCUUUUUUGUGCUUCCGGGUGAUUCGGUUUAUUAUGGACAAAUCGUUGGGGAGAAUACCAAGACAUUAUUUCAAAAUCUUGGGAUAAACGUGUGUAAACGCAAUGAGCAGUUGGGUGGGAUGCGGGCAAAUGCCAAUGAUAAGGCUGGUAGACGCAAAUCAUCCUAUGCAGCAACACGUGCCACAUUUGAGGAGUGUAUCGCUUGGGUAACCGAUGAAGAACUUGUCACUGUCACACCAAAGUCUAUACGGAUGCGAUUACCUAACUUUAAUGGUAAAACGACAAUGCGCAACGCUACCAAAAGGAAAUGA